AUGAUCCCAGGCAUAGGAAAUUCCAUUUACCGAAUCAUAGUUACUCCCAAAAUAAUUGAUACUAGAAAUAUUGUAAUUCGUUUAAUUGGUGUAGUAUCUAAAGGAGCUGACAGCAGGUUUGAUGGUGUCAGCGGUAGAAAUUGUAAUAACAGUGAUGUUAAUAUGACAAAAUCGGAAAGCCAUAAA